AUGGCCCUUCUGCGACAACCCGCGAUACGCUUGGCGAGGACAGGUGCACGACCUGCCCAGAUAAUUGCGGCUAGGCGGUACAGCAGCGAGCCUCCGCGAUCGCAGGCACGCCCAGCGGCUCCCAAGGAGAUAAAGAUUGCGCUUGUAGGCGCCGUUGGUGUUGGUAUCGGGGCAUGCUACUUCUUCCUCAUGGGCCGGCCAGACCAAGCCGCCGAUGCAGCUUCAAAGAACCUAGAGAGCACGAGCGGACCCAAGCUGUCCAACAAAUAG